GUUGGUUCAUUCAGAAUUUUUGAUCCUUCUUACGACCCGGUCAAACGAAAUUGUCAAUCUCCACCGUGCUUACUCUGAGUUACUCGUUACUUACUUGUUGUAUACCCGCCCAGCCGAGGGCUCUUAUGACUAUUCACGCAGACGCCGGUUUGGCGCUACGACCUAGACGACUUCAAGUGGAUGGUCAAAGCCAAGGGUGGUCCGAAACUGCCUCUGGAACUACUCAUUCACUUACUCCUUCUGAUGAACUAUCACUCAUGUCAAAUUUGCUAUCUGUAACACCAAACCCUGGUGGUUCAAUGUUGUCUUCAAGCCUAUACCCCGCGAUGUAUAUCCCUUCAUACCCCAUAGUAACCCAAUCAACCACAACAUCUGUAUCAUAUUCAACUGCUGUUGUCUCGGGAUCUGACUCUUCAUCCCAUGUCUUUUCGUAUCGAAGUGCUGCGCAGAUUCAGCCUGUGUGCAUCGGAGAUGGCCUAGAUGCAGCUUCGGACGGAGUAAUCGCGACCAUGGUGCUUCCAACGAGUGUCGGCCUCGCCAUUUGGCUGCUGUUUGCUGUACUACGUCCACGUUACCGACAAAUAUAUGCGCUUAGAGAGUGGUUCGUGCAACAAGAGCUGCGACCGCAUCGGUUGAGCUCGAAUCUCGGCGCGUUUCUCUUUCCCUCUGUACCGCUUGUUCCAUCUACACCUUCAGACGUCCCUGACGCUGGAAGGUCAGCUCUAGUGGACGCUCGCCUAUUUCCAUCCGAUGAGGAAUUGAGCCAACGAACCCUGUGGACAUGUCUCAUCAUCGUGCUUGGCUGGAGUUUGGUGGGCCUUGGCGGCGCCUUGCCGAUAUACCUCGUGUCUACGCCAUGCCUUGCGCACUCGACAGGCGACUCUAAUUUUACCGGAGUUUACUCCACAAUUCAAGAUCUCAGCUUAUUACGUCUCCUGCAGCUACUUGAAGCCAGCUCAGCCUCUGCAAACACCACCUACUCAGUACUAGAUGUAUUUAACAGCGAUAACCAGGCUUCGAAAGCUCGACUGCGCAUCGUCAUUCUUGCCAUUUUGGCGGUAUUUGCGGCUACGCUGCCGGCGUUAUAUAAAAUACUGAAAGAAAUCAACAAUCUUGUUGCAUUCCGCCGGCGCUGGUUAGAAGUGCGAUGCGAAGGGAAGGAAAUGGGUUGGCUGAGCUCCAGAAAAGCCCCCGGUUUUGCAGGAUGGGGAGAGAAGUGUGUCAAGGAUUAUCUUGGCAAAAUUGGACUUAGUUCUUCAUUGGGAGGCUCUUCUCGGUCCAACAACCGACCCCCGCAGCUCUCACGCCGAACUCAGUCUUACUGUCAGAACCCUCAGAAUUCAGUAUUGGAGGUUGACGUCCAAAGUCUGUUCACUGUAUGCGAUACCCAUAAUUUGGCACUGCUCAUUGAAGAACGAGACGAAAUUCUGGACAACCUCGAAGUUGCAGAAACAAGAUACAUAUCAUCUUUCAGGAUUUCAACACCCGACCCUUCCAUUGCUGAUCUCCAAAUUCCUAGUGGAUGUGAGGAAACGCCAUCCAGACCUCACAUAGGCAGGCCUCGUGCUCUAGUUGGAUCGAGACACCGUCCGCGCCAUCGGAGACACAACCCGGCGCAGGCUAAUUCAUCAUUCACUCCUACCUCGUUCGUGGCCCCAUCACAGUACUACAAAUUACGUGGCCUGAAAAGUGUUGAUGGCGGGAGACUUGCCGACGGCAUCAGCACGCCGAUUAGUCUGACGGAUUCAUUCAAACAACGAAUUGUGGGCAGUCGCUUCCAGGAAGAGGACAGAUGUUCGGCAUCCUACAAUGCCAUGCCAUCAGGGAGCCAUGUAAAGACGGAGGAACUCGGAGAGCCGUCGACAUCAGUUCCUGACCCAAAGUACUACAGGCCAAACCAUGGCGGAGGGUCAUCUGAAAGUGGUGGCGGUGGAACUGGGACAGGCACUGAAUAUCUGACUGUGGAUUCGUCAUUAGACACUCGGGGUUCUCUUGAUGACGACUGGGUCGUCCUCACGCACGGGAUUGAUUUUGGCAAUCCGUUGGGCGAGGAACCUCGCGCUGGCCCAGCACCCAGACCACAGAAAGGGCUUGCGCCUCGAAGCCAACGUCAGAGACCUUUCGACACGUCAUCCGACCGCCGGGAGACCUUUCCACUAAGGAUUCGACCGAAAGACAACAUUCCCGUUGAAGAUGUUCCGCCACCUCAUUUACGCCUACAGCCGCGACAGCCGUUUGUUCGACCUGCUUCUGACCUCAACUAUGAUAACCUCGGUGCUGUCUAUACCGAAAUAAACCAAUGGCGUUCCCGGCUGAAGCUCAUCAACAUGCGGAUUGCCGAGGCUCAGCAAGAUUCCUAUGCAGAUAUCGCUGAUGGCGCGCCAGUCAAGGGUUGGAUUAUCAUCGGGCGUGGUUUACGCCACAUGCAUGCUGUGGAACCCAUAGAGGGUAGGGCAAAGGAAGACGUGCGUUGGGGCACGCUGCAGAACGAAACGACGCUGUUGGAUUCUACAGCCUUUUGGUUGGUUAUGGUGGUGGUCAAUAUACUCCUUGCCGCUGGCCUCACAGCUGUUGCGGGACUUGCUCUCGGCGCCGCUUCUACUGUGGAGCAUUAUUUACCUUUCUUUCGGCCCCUUUCACACCAUGGGAACCUUGUCUCCGGAUUAGCAACUUCCCUUGCUCCCGCAAUUGGUGCUACGCUUUUCACUGUGAUUGCGCUCACGAUCGUAAAAUGGGCAGCUGGAUGGAGUGGUGUCGUAUCCGUGUCCGGAGUCCGAAUGCUUGCGGUCAAACUUGUGUUUUACACCAUAACAGUUAUGGUCGCCGCAUUUACUAUCACCGCCGGUGCCCUACUUUUCGCGUUGGAGGCAUUCAUGCUUGAGGUUAACAUUGCCAAAACGGUCGCAACCGGUUGUGUCUAUAUGAGCGCUUUCGCUUUUGUUCUCGUUAUCAAUGUUGCUGUCCUAUUCCCUGGGUUAAUGUUGUUACAACCCGUCCGAUUGUGGUCUGUUCUUCAUUCGGAACAAGACGCCGUCACCCCAAGACAGCGUUUCCGAGCUGUAUAUCCGACAACUUACGAUGCUUCUUAUGUUGCAAGUGCUUGUGUACUAUCCAUGGUUUUUGCAUCGGCCUUCUCUCUCAUUUUCCCUUUGAUCGGGCCGGCUAUUGUGAUUCUUCUAUUUUUGACUCUUGUUGGUGCGUCAUUUGUGCCUUAUCAUUCCGCAGAGCGAAAUGACCGCCCUCCAGCUAAUAGAUACCUUGUUGGACAUGUUUACGCCCGAACUCUUUCGGAGACUGGGGGGCUUCUCCAGAUCUGGUUGCUGAAGCGAUUAGGCACGCUCCUCGCGCUACAGCCUCUACUCCUCGGUUUAAUUUUGCUCAGUCGGCGGCUCUGGAUAGAAGGAGGAAUACUUUUGGGCAUAGCUCUCGUUGUGGCGGGGAUAGUGGAAGUGUACACCAUGUACAAAACGAGGCUUGCAAGCCUCCAAGCGUUACCUGAGAACACCCAAGAGUCUCUCAGAGUAUUUCGCAGGGCGUUGGAAUCCGACAACCGCACUGAUACCGAUGACGAGAACCGUAGCAUGCUCACCGCUAGAGGGAACCGCACGAGGGGCUCGAUGGCUUCUGUCCUCGAAAUGAUGUCUCUCACGUUAGCGGUUAUGCCAUCAGCUUCAAGUCAUCGUGGUCCGCUGCCACUUCGAACGGAAACUCUGGAUGAUCUAAUCGCUACAGAACGGGCAGCCAGAACGCAUCCUGAUGCUCCUCCUCACCUUCCUCCGUUAUCCUUUGGGGACCAUGCCGAAGAGAUGUCGGCUAUCAUGUAUGCGCCCGAGUUGCUUGCCCCGCCACCGAUCAUCUGGCUUCCGAACGAUACAGCGGGGGUGGCCAAAACGGAGGCAAUUGACUUGCGGAAAUAUCAUGAUAUACAUGUUACCCUUGAUGUUCAUGCCAGUGACGUCAUCCUGCCUAAACGGAGUACAUCCACGCGUACACACGCGUGACGCGUUGUUCGUGCUUUCUUUUGGCUAACACUCGUUUCACAUUUCCGCCAUCCCCGAACCUUUUGGUGUAACAUUGGUGGACUCAUGUUACUUUAUAGAUCGUACUUAUUCCACUACCAUAUAUCAAACAUCAAAGACGACUUUCUUGAACCUCAUUCUCCAAAUUUGGGAUAGGAGUACAGCGGUCCUCCAA